AUGGAUACAGCAAUCUUCACAAGUGGACGAUCCUUUGAAUCGUUGCCCAUCCAAUGUGGUUGCUCCACUGGUCCGAGCUGGGAAAUAUUCUUAAUACCGUCUACUAAUUCUGUAGUUAUGUUAAAAUUGUUAGACAGUUACUGCGUCAAAACAUUACCACCAAAUGUUCUGUAUGUACCAAAUUUUAUAAAUGAAGAAGAAGAACAGGAACUACUAAAACAUAUUUAUUCUGCCCCAUUACCGAAGUGGGUUUCUCUACGUGGCAGACGCUUACAAAAUUGGGGUGGUAUUCCUCAUGUUAAAGGAAUGUUAAUUGAAAAAGUUCCACAGUGGUUACAGAAGUACAUGGAUCGUGUUUCUGAAUUGUGUUUGUUUGAUAAUAGUAACAAUAAUAAGGCGAAUCAUGUUUUGGUGAAUGAAUAUGAACCAGGACAAGGUAUAUUUCCUCAUCAUGAUGGACCACUUUACUAUCCUGUUGUUGCUACAAUCAAUUUGAAUUCUUAUGGAAUUCUGGACUUUUAUGAGCCGUUGGAUACUUCUACAGACCCACAAACAAAAUCAACGUUAUUUAAUGAUCGUUAUAUUGGCUCAGUUUAUUUGAAACGUCGUAGCUUAAAUAUUGUUACCGAAAAAAUGUAUACACAUUAUAUGCAUGGGAUUACUGAACGUACAACUGACUUAUUAGUAAAUUAUGAAGACUGUUUGAAACGUCCUGAGGAAUCGGUUGAAAAUGUUGCUGUUAUUCAUAAUUGGACUGCUAGCGAUUUGGGAAGUAUUCAGUCACAGUUAUGUCAUCGUGGUAAACGUGUUUCAGUAACUAUACGCUAUGUGCCCAAUGUGAGUAAGAUCAAUUGGAGUAAUUUAUUAUGCAGAAAUUAAACUGUUUCCACUUUAUUUACUAAUACAACUGUUGUUAAUUA